AUGCCUUUGGUGUUGAAAAACCUGUACACUGGAGUUGAUGAUGCUUCAAAGAAUUUCCGUACAUGUGUGAGGACUUAUAACAACACAUUUGCUUUUACUUCGCUUGGCAUUCAUCAGUAUGAUAAAAAUCUUUGUAAGCGUAAUAAAGGCAUAUAUACGUUCAAAGUUCAAGGGCAAAUGUAUCAUUUUAUCAAUGACUUAUUGCCUGAUGGCUGUCCGCCGCGCAAUUUGCAACUCUAUUUUUAUGAUACUGACCAUGAAAUUCAAAAUCGAGUUGAAAGUGUUGCUAGAUUGGAAGAGAACAUUGUCAAAGCUUUGAUAGAAGUCAUGUCUUGCAAUCCAUAUGCAACUUUCUUUAGAAGUCUUAAGGAUGUUGUUCACUCUGAUGACUUUAGUAUUUUGUUGAACUCUUCACCUUCAUUGGAUCAAAGACUUUAUAAUUCGCCAACUGCUUCUCAAGUUGCUGCUGUAUGGAUUGAAGACUAUGAUGGAGUUGAAGAUAAUAGGAAUAUUAGGGUAUAUGCACAUUGUGGUCGGUCACAAAAUAUUCAAUACUAUUAUGGUUGUUAUGAUCCAUUACAAUACCCUUUGUUAUUCCCAUUUGGUGAUGUUGGAUGGCAUGAGGGUAUUCAAAAAGUCUUGCAAUCGAGGAAUUUACAACCUCUUGGUUAUGUAAAUUCUUUAUCUAUUAAUGCAAACACUCAAUUAUCUGUUGAUGAUCUAAUUCGAGCAGAGGAAGCGGUGUUUCGAGAAGCCGAAAUAAAGCUUAGAGAUGCAUGUACCAGAAAGAAAAGGCACAGAGAAAUGAUGAGUUUUAUUUCUCCUUGUACCCUUCCUGUUCCUUCAUUUGUGGUUGAUCAUAUUCUUCCUUUAACUGUGGAUCCACCUUCACGAGCGAUGGAAGAAAAUGAAUCGUUUCAGCUUUUGUUUGAUGGCUUCCAAUAA